AUGACUCUUAUUCCUCCUUCUCCACCCUUUUUCUGUCCUUCAGGCCUAGCGGCAGACGCCCGAAAACUACAAGAAGCGGACCCCGCAGUCCCGGCAGUGGAGCCGCAGACAGUGGAAACCACCCCCCUCCCCGGAACUCCCAAGCUCGCGAGCAUCGCCGUCGCGCCGAACGCGAAAGCGAGCAGCCCCGUAGUGCCCACGACGACCGCGCCCACCCCCAAGGGGAAGGCCCCCGGCGGUAAGGUCGCUCCCGCCGGCGGAAAGCAGCAGGGCCCUGGAACGCCCAAGCAGGGCGCAGCAGGCGGCGCAGGAGCGCCCAAGACGCACCCCGCGCCGGUCCCCGGGGGAGCACAGCACAAGGGGAAGCCGCUGGGGCGCGAGGUGAUGCAGGUGGGAACCGUUCUCCGCGGAUCGUCUGUCGUGGGCGCCGCGCCCGGCGACGCGAACGCGGCGGGCAACGUGAUCAUGACGGUGUAUAAGAACGGCCCGGUGGUGAACAUCAAGUAUAUCGUCGCCGUGCGGAAGCUGUCCGUCGCGGGACUGCCCACUGGCGCGACGAUCAACAUGGCCGCCAGCGACGCGACGGGGCCGGCGGUGAUCAGCUUCGCGGGAGCGAAAUGGGUGAACACCACGGGCAUUAGCGCUGCGGCUUCCGCGAACCCCGCGGAGAACUAUCUGAGCUAUGCGACGACCGGCGUGUGGGAAGACGUCGCCAACAUGAAAACGGCGUCUGGCGAAGCGCUUUCGACGGCGUUCGCGAAAGUGAUGGUGAACCCCGAGAAAUUCUACGUGGUUGUGUCGACCCCGGCGUUCCCCGCGGGCGCCGUGCGCGGACAGAUCCGCAAGGGCACUGGCGCAACUGUGCUUCCUCCCGGCCACCGCAAGCAGUGGGAGGAGAAGAACAAGGCCAAGGCGCCUGGCACCGGUAGCUGCGCUACAGCCGGAGCAGGCUCGCGCACCGCGGGGAGUGGCGGCGCGUUGGGGGUGAGAAUGGUGCUCGCCGAGUCGCAGCCUCUCGCUUUAGGCACCCGAGCGCCGGAUUUCACGCUAGUGGAGCCGCUGACCGGCAAGACAUGGUCUCUCUCCGACUUUGACGGCCACCCGGCUCUCCUCGUCAUGUUCAUCUGCAACCAUUGCCCGUUCGUGGUUCAUAUCAAGUCGCAACUUGUUGCUCUUGGCAACGAGUACAUUUCCAAGCAUGGGCUGGCAGUGGUUGCAAUCUCGUCCAACUCGGUGCUCACCCACCCUCAGGACGGACCCGAUAAAAUGGCAGAGGAAGCCAAGCAGUUCAACUUCCCCUUUCCCUACCUCUAUGACGAGACUCAGGAGGUGGCCAAGGCCUAUCACGCUGCCUGCACGCCAGACUUCUUUCUCUUCAAAAAGGACGGCCGCCGCCCCUUUGAGCUCGCAUACCACGGCCAGCUGGACGACUCCCGCCCCAACAACGGCCGCCCGGUCACCGGCAAGGACCUGCGUGCUGCUCUCGACUGCGUGCUCUCUGCACGACCGGUCCCCAGUGCGCAAAGGCCCAGCAUCGGCUGCAACAUAAAGUGGGCGCCCGGGAAUGAGCCUGACUACUUUGGAUAG